GUCAAUCUUAGUGUUGAAUGUGUAUAUGCCCACAGAUUCUGCUGAAAACUUGUUGAACUUUACGGAGUGUCUUUGUGAAGUGAACGCAGUUAUAGAAAAUAGCGAUGUAGAGGCUGUUUAUAUAUUAGGCGACUUUAAUGCUCAUCCACAUACUCUAUUUUGCAAUGAGAUGUUGAACUUUUGUGCGGAACAACAGUGGAAAUGUGCGGACUUUGAAAUCCUUGGUAUGGACUCUGGGACAUAUACUUAUGUAAGUGAAUCUCAUGGGACUAGACGAUGGUUGGACCACUUUCUGGUGACGGAGUCAGCCUAUAACACGAUUACAGAUGUUAAAGUAUUGUACGAUGUUUAUUGGUCUGAUCAUUUACCUAUUACAUUUCAAUGUAAUCUAAGUGUGAUAAGGAGAAAGGUGUAUGCUGAUGGUUAUAAUUGUAACAAAGUUAUAUGGGGCAAUAGGGAGGGUGAUGCGGUUAACAGUUAUAAAGACUAUUGUAACAGUUUUCUUAAAAACAUUGAUUUUCCAUCAGAAUUAAGAUUUUGUUGUGAUGAUGUUUGUAACCAAAUAGAUCAUAGAAAAAUCAUAGAUAACAUGUAUAACAAUCUGGUCACUGCAAUUAGUCAGGCGGCCACACUAAGUAGUACAUAUAAUGUUAAACCUAAUAGGAAAAAGUAUAUUAUUGGUUGGAAUAAAUAUGUCAGACAGUAUCAUGCAUCUGCAAGAUCGCACUUUCAAUUUUGGGUAGCUCUGGGCAGACCGUCGGGUGGACCAAUUUACAAUAAUAUGUGUGAAAGUAGGAAACUCUUUAAGUUGAAGCUCAAAUGGUGUCAGAACAAUAGUGAUCAAAUUAAAAUGGAUAUACUGGCUACUCUGCGAAAAGAAAAACAUUUCGGUAAAUUUUGGAAAUGCACUAAUAAACUUAAUCUUAAGCCAAGUCUGCCUGCUUCAGUUGCCCUCAACUGA